AGCCGCGAGAGAAGGUGGUGUUUCGAUUUGCUCUUAAUUCAAGUGAUUGUUAUUUCACAGGGAUACGAAAGGAUAAAUAAUUUUUUAUAAAAUGAUUAUAACCGCGAAAGUAGUGGCGAUAUGUUUGGGUUUGGCCCUUACCGCCUUUACGGUAUCCACGAUUGUGUUGGCUGUCCAGAAGGCAAAUUUGACGGAUGAACUGAAUGAUGCACUUGAAAAGUUAGAUGACCUGAGCAAAACUACCACCACAAUUACUACCACCACUUCUGCCAGCACUACCACUACCUUAACUACUGCCGCCGGUACUACACCUACAACUACUGUAUCGACAACCACUGGAGUACCAGAGACUACAACCACAGCACCGGAAGUUAUCGACUAUAGACUACCCGACAGCAUUUACCCAAUCAACUAUGAUCUUUAUCUACAUCCUGAUAUCGAUACGGGUAACUUCACUGGUCAAAUGGUAAUCCGUGUGAACACCACGAGUGCUAUCAACCAAAUUGUGCUGCAUUCCAACAGUUUAUCGAUCAAUAAUGUUUAUCUAAAGAAUACUAAUAGUCAAACGGUAUAUGUAAAGAAUUUUUACUUCGACGUGGUACGUGAGUUUUUGGUGGUGGAGUUGAGUGAAGAGCUGCCAGCUGCGCGUGCCUUCGAUAUCGGCAUAUUAUUCGAGGGUAAUAUGUCGGGGAAAAUUGUUGGACUUUACAGCUCUUCAUAUACAAAGGAGGAUAGUAGCAAGAAGGUUAUUGCUACAUCAAAGUUUGAGCCAACUUAUGCGCGUCUCGCUUUCCCUUGCUUCGAUGAACCGGCCAUGAAAGCGACAUUCGAAAUUACGCUGGUAUAUCCGAAAGAGGGUAACUACCAUGCGCUCUCCAAUAUGGAUAUUUUGCAAGAAUCCAAUCAGGGUAAUUAUGUGGAGGUCUUCUUCAACAAGAGUGUACCGAUGAGCACCUAUUUGACCUGCUUCAUUGUUUCUGAUUUUGCUAACAAAUCAGCUGAAAUUGAUACAAAUGGUAUUGGUUCACCUUUUACCCUGCGUGCUUUUGCCACUCCUGAACAAAUUGAAAAAGUCGACUUUGCUUUAGAUGUAGGAAAAACGGUGAUCGAGUACUACAUACAGUACUUUCAAGUCGAAUAUCCAUUGCCAAAGUUGGACAUGGCUGCCAUACCAGACUUUGUCUCUGGCGCUAUGGAACACUGGGGUUUGGUGACAUAUCGCGAAACCGCAUUGCUUUACACUGAAGGUGUCAGCUCGACGGCAAAUAAGCAGAGGAUUGCGAACGUUAUUGCUCAUGAAUUCGCCCAUAUGUGGUUCGGGAAUUUAGUCACUAUGGCCUGGUGGAACGAUUUAUGGCUCAAUGAGGGGUUUGCAAGCUAUAUUGAAUACAAGGGCGUGGAUGUGAAAUUCCCUGAAUGGAAAAUGAUGGAUCAAUUUCUUACUGGUACUCUGCAUAGCGUCCUUACAUUGGAUGCCACACUAGGCGCUCAUCCCAUCAUUCAGACUGUAGAGAAUCCCGAUCAAAUUACGGAAAUUUUCGAUACCAUCACCUACUCGAAGGGUGCUUCAAUCAUACGCAUGUUGGAAGAUUUCAUUGGAUCUGAUAACUUCCGAACGGCCGUCACGAAUUACUUGAAUAAGUAUAAAUAUGAAAACGCUGUGACUGAUAACUUUUUAACCGAAAUUGAAGAAUUGAACUUGGGUAUUAAUGUAAAAUCGAUUAUGAACACUUGGACGGAACAGAUGGGCUUGCCUGUGGUAAUGGUGGAACAAUUAAACGACACACAAUUCAAACUCACACAGAAACGUUUCUUCUCCAAUCCCGACGAUUAUGAUGGCACCUAUGAUGACUCACCUUUCAAUUAUACCUGGUCGAUUCCAAUCACAUAUAAGACAAGUGCUACAAGUGAUGCUGAGAGAGCCUGGUUCUAUUACAAUCAAUCUGAAUUAAUAAUUGAUUUGGCAGCUGCACCCCAAUGGAUUAAAUUCAAUUAUGAUCAGAUUGGUUAUUAUCGAGUUAAUUAUCCUGCUACUUUGUGGGAAAAAUUGGCUAAUCAACUCAUAGAAGGACCAAAUAGUUUUUCGGUUAGUGAUCGUGCUGGUCUAUUAAACGAUGCCUUCUCCCUCGCCGAUGCGACGCAACUAUCUUACGACACCGCACUUAACAUGACAGAGUACUUGUCAAAGGAAACCGAAUAUGUGCCCUGGUAUGUGGCAGCAUCAAAACUCACCUCUCUUAAGCGUUUACUUAUGUUCACCGAAAUUUAUGUCAAUUACAAAAAGUAUGCAAGCGAAUUGAUUAAACCAAUAUACCAAAAUGUCACAUGGACAGUGGGCAAUGAUCAUUUACAGAAUCGUUUGCGUGUCACAGUUUUGUCAGCAGCCUGCUCUCUCGGUGUAGAAGAUUGCCUAACAGAAGCGACUACGCUCUUCACUAACUGGCUAAGUGCGCCAACUGAGCGUCCACAUCCAGACAUUCGUGAAACUGUCUACUACUACGGUGUAUUUGCAGCUGAUGAAGAGUCGUGGCAAAAAAUGUGGGAGCUCUUUGUCAACGAAACUGAUGCCACUGAGAAACUAAAAUUGAUGUACGGACUGUCGGCUGUGCAAGUGCCAUGGAUACUGAGCAACUAUAUCAACCUCGCCUGGGACGAGAACAAUGUGCGCAGUCAAGAUUACUUCACUUGUCUGCAAUACAUAGCCGCCAAUCCAGUUGGUGAGCCACUCGUGUGGGAUUAUGUGCGUGAACAUUGGCCCGAUUUAGUAAACCGUUUCGGCUUGAAUGAACGCUAUUUAGGUAAUAUGAUUCCAUCAAUUACGUCACGCUUCGAUAAGCAAACCAAAUUAGAGGAAAUGGAACAAUUCUUCGCUAAGUAUCCAGAAGCAGGAGCUGGUGCAGCGGCACGUGUCCGUGCUUUGGAGACGGUAAAGAAUAACAUAGCAUGGUUGGCAAACAACAAGGACAAUAUCGGCGAAUGGCUGAACAAACAAUCUUAGUAAUGGGAAAAAUUUGAUAUGUGCGAUUUACAUACACUGAAAAUCUGCUUAAAACUAAAUGUAAUAUUAUUAAUAAUUUAAUAAAUUCAAUAAGGAAUAAGAAGUUCUUGA